AUGACAAAUCUUACAUCAAGGCUGCAACAAUCCAUAGAUGCAUUUGAAAGUUGGUGCCAAAGAUCAAAUUUUACUGGUAUACCAUUGUAUUUUCGAUAUAUUGCUAGCUCUCUAUUCAGCGUACUUGAUUCUUGUUGUGACCUGACUUUAAAAACCAUUAAUGAUGGUCUUAUCGAUUUUUAUGGUACUCAAUACAUUUCUGGAACAGUGACAUCACGUGAUAUAUUUGAGAAUCAAAUUAAUGCGUUGAUUUAUUUGUUCAUUACGAGUACAACACAAGGAUUUAGUCAAUCUCUUGAAUUGAUUCGUGAUUCCGCUUAUGCCAAUGGACUUGCUUCAGGCCUCAUGACCAAUUUCUGUCCUUUGAUUGUCCCGUCAACAAACAAUCAAAAUAUCACUCGUUAUUUGUAUCGUAUAGUACCAGUCGGGUAUGAAUAUAGAGGAUUUAAUUGUUCAUGUGCUAAAACUCGUUUACGCACAGUACCAACUUAUAUCGAUGAAAAUACUCGUUUUCAAUCAUGCAUUGAAACAGUGAAACACCUCAUUAAUCCCUAUAUUGAAUUGAACACAAGUGCCCUCAAUCAAACUUUGCCUAGCCGAUUUGCGCCAGAUUCAACAAUUCGUAGUAUUGUUGAUCAAUUAAUGGUUGAAGAAUGGAUUAAUACGACGUCACACAAAGCAUACUAUGAUCGAUGUCAACCAAUCACAUGUACAUACUCGUAUGUACAUAAAAAUACAUGGCUUGUUGUUUUCACUACUAUUAUUGGAGUGAUCGGAGGUUUACAAAUAGUCUUAAGAAUUAUUUUACCACUUCUCACUAAUUGGAUUCGAUCACCUAGAAAUGUAAAUCAAGGUAAGCGAAAUAAAAACCGUUGUAAACAGAAGAUCUCGUAUUGUGAAUUAGAAACUGGUAUUCGUUAA